AUGAAAAACACUAAUUUAUACCACCUUGGAAUUGAUGCUUCCACAAUGGACUUUGAAAAAGCAUUCGGGAACAUCAAACACGGGAUUGGAGAGAGUUCAACUUCAGUCAUGCUCUAUGAACUCUUUAAGCUUUUAAAAUUUGCAAAAUGUGUCGACCCCCUCAUAAUCAGAAUUGGGACAUGUGGCGGACUCGGACUGGAUCCGGGGACAGUCGUCAUCACCCAAAAAGCUUACGAUGGAUUUCUUCGAGAGUUCCUUUCAAUCGUUGUUCAAACUAUUCACGUUUAG